GGUGUUUGUGGUUUUUAAGCUCUAAGACGGUCACUGUGAGCCCAUCACUUCCUGCUGACAGAUCAAGCUUUCAGUUCCGAGGUGUUAGAAACCCAAAGAUAACGCCUUUUAUUUACUCACACACUACCCCCGAAGAUGAAGGGCUCUCUGAUCGUAGCCAUUCUCCUCUUAAAUUUCAGCUUUGCUGAAGCAUUCCAGGAGGCGAAGCUGUGUUAUAUCUUGGAUGGGAUUCUAGUGAUCUACGGCAUCAUUUUAACCUUCCUGUACUGCAGGCUCAGGAUGGAUCCUACGUUUGCAACCAGCAACAAUUACCCUCAGAAGCCGCCAGCUUAUGGAGAACGCCUUUAUGAAGGGUUGACCCCCCAUAGCCCGGACACCUACGAGACCAUCAAAGUGGAGAAGAAACCAAUAGUCUGAGAGGAGUUGGAAAGAAACAUUUGUAACUUUGUAACAUUUAUGAUUAAUCCACUCCUGCUUGUUUUAUGUGUGUCUGCACAACAGCCAGUAUUAUUUAGAUGAGUCAUGUUUGGAGCUUUAUUAUGGAAUCAUAGUGUUUCCUCACUAUAAACCAGCACUUCCCGUUGUAACAUUUAUCCUGUCUGUUCACCAUGUCUACUAGAAAGAUUCAAAUGAAAUGUAUCAAACUAUUACCAUAAAUAAGGUGCCCUAUUUGUUUUCAUA